AUGUACUCUGUUCCAAUAUUAUGGGAAGUAGUCAGUUUUCGUGGCAAAAAUAAAAAGCGUUGCAGGUUAUGGGAACGAUUUACAAAAUCGAUAAAUAUGCAAACUCCUCUCUAUAUAUUGAGAUUAGAUUGCCUUUGUAUUCAAUGGUGUGAAGUUACCAACGAUACCUUAUAUCAGAUUGGAAAUUUAUGCCCAAACUUACAUCGUUUAACUAUAAACAAUUGCCAUGGAUUUUCUAGCAAAACUAUUGGAAAAAUUGUACAUUCGAAAUUAACAUAUCUUAAACUCUACAAUAAUACAAAAGGUCCUCACCAAUGUCACCAUAUCAGGGAUAAGACACUUUGCGAAAUUGCAAUCUCGUGUCCAAAUCUGACCUAUCUUAACUUAGAAUAUAGUAAUCAUAUUUCUGAUAUCUCAGUUAUCGAAAUUGCUAAGUCAUGUAAUAAGCUGGAACAUAUUCAUAUAGGAGGUCCAAAUAUCACUGACGCCUCAUUAAAAGAAAUUGCAUAUUCUUACCCAAAACUCUGUCAUUUACGCUUGGGUGAAUCUUGUAAAAUCACCAAUGAUGGAAUUUGCGCUAUAGCUAUUUCACAUCCCAAUAUGCAUUGCUUUUCAUUCGCAGAUUAUGAUUUUGGUGGUAGAGAUAUUAAUUUUGAUAUAUCUAUAAAGACUAUUGCGAGAUCAUGCCAUAAACUCAAAUCUCUCGAUAUAUCAUGGGUCCAUAUAACCGAUGAAUGUAUUUCCACAUUGGCAGAUUUAUGUCAAGAUCUGGAGGGGCUUAAUCUUGAAGGGUGUGAUAUUACCAAUUCAUCUAUCUACACAAUUAUAAAUUCAUGUCAUAAUCUUUGA